UUACCAGAACCCUGAUGCCAUCAAAUACAAUGAAAUAGUUUUCUUUUUUAUCCUUUUUUUCGAGAAUCCCUGAGAAUAUGACAAAUAUGCUUUGUGGAAGGACCUAAGAAAAAUGCUGAUGGGUGCUGCACAGGCUCUCCAGGACGUGCUUGUGUCCAGUUUCCAAAUGAGAGUUUGGGGAAACCUCGUGUGAAGAUCCCAUUGUGGGUGUAACAGCUGGCAAGAUGAUCUGAGUCUGCAGCACAUCUGCUCCUGUGAAGAUCUCCAGGCUGCGACAGGAAAGCUGCGUGAGAGGAAGCUGGAGCAGCACGGUUUCACAAUGAGCAUGCCGCUCCCCACCGCAGGAAGAACCAGCCCUGCUUGCUGGAGCCAGCCCAGCACGAUAGCUUACAGCAGAGCCUGGCACCACGGGCUGCUGAGGCAAGCUGGCUCCUAUGAGGACGACUAUGACUGGACACACUGUGAAGCCAGUGCUUUGAGCAAAGUCCCUGUCACAGUGCUCAUCUGCCUCUGUGGGCUGGUGGGCAACGGGGCCAUCCUCUGGCUGCUCAGAACCCGCGUCCGCAGGAACUUCAUCACCAUCUACAUCUUCAACCUGGCCAUGGCCGACUUCACCUUCCUGUUCUCCAUCGUCAUUGCCCUCAUAAUAUUUUAUGGCCCACAGAGCUUUUGUCACAGUCUGGGCUCACAGGACGUGAUGACAGUGUUGAACAUGGCCAUCACCUUUGCUUUCAUCUCCGGUGUCUACCUCAUGGCAGCCCUGGGUGCCAGGACCGGCCUGUCUGCCCUCCCACAGCCCCUCUGCCCUUGCCAGAGCUCCUGGUGCUUCCCAGCAUUCCUGUGUGCCCUGCUCUGGGCCCUUGCCCUCUUGCUCACUGUGACCCUCUAUUUCUCCCCACUGAUGCUAAUUGCCUUUGUCUUCAGCUACCUCUUGUCGGUGCUUAUCCUAAUUCUUUCUGGUUUAGCCCUCUUUGCUAAGCUCUUCUGCUGCUCAUGGCAAUAUCCGCCGAGGAAGCUCUGCAUUGCAGUCUUGCUUGCUGUCAUCUCCUUCCCCUUCUUCACUGCUGACUUCGCUUACUGGCUGUUGCUAAGGCUGUUUGAUUUUUCGGCUCUUGCUUUUGGCACCUCUCUCCUAUUCGCAUGUAUGAACAGCAGUAUUAAACCUGUCCUUUACUUUCUUGCUGGGUGCUGUAUGAAGAAGUUCACAGUCUCCGUGAGGGUUGCUUGCCAGAGAGCUUUUGAAGAGGUAAGGGAGCCAGAAAACGUAGGUGAAGCUUCCCAAGAAAGCACAGUGGAAAUGGAUGUUUAAUCCAUUUGAACCUUUUGCUUGGAAUCUUUUGGUUUGAAUCUGGCCUAUCCAGCAGGGCUGAGCUGUCUCUGUUUCAAAAGGAGCUUGCGCUACUCUGUGGGCUACUAAAGCAGAGCCACAGAGGCUCUCAGUUCCUCAUGGUGCUUUGCCUUGGGGCUUCUGCUGAAGGGUUGAGUGCUGCUGGGUAUGAGGGUCUGGGCAAAACUCUUCUGCUUGCAUCUCCAUCGUGUGUGCAAAGACUGUGUGGAGACCUCCCAUUCAGCUCUUGAACAGACAAGUGAGGCAAAAGAACCUCUACACCAGCAGCAUGAAGGCUCCUUUGGGAUGUUUCCAGCUCUUUGGACAAAGCUUUUGUGGACAUGCUGAAAAGAGAAACAUGUCUUAAAAUCCUUGGAGCUGCUUUCCUGCAAAGACACUCUCCUCGCAGCUAAGAGUGUGAAAAGAAUGUAACAUACUUACAUUACCUACUCCACACUACUGAAUUACAUUAAAUUACUUAUGGGACAUACUUGCACAGCAUUUGCUGUUUGUAAAAUGUCAUUGGUUUGCUGGGGUGCGUUGCACAUGCCUGGGGAAGCCUGGUCCAUCAGAGUAGAUCCUGUGUCUUCUCCAGGCAGAGGCUCAGGAGCAAAGUAAAGCUUUCUUUAUGCAGCCACCAGCUGUGAAGCUCUCUGCAUGUGAGUAAGACCUGUAGACCCCAAGCUAUGCAGAUAUGAGUGUUUGAGGACGCGGCUUGUCUCAUCCAAAGACAGGCCAAGUGAAACAGGUGCCCCUCUGCAGCAGAGCCCUCUUCCCAUC